GUCAGCCAGCCAGCCAGCCAGCCAGCUCAAGCUUCAGCACCAGGCUCAGCUCAGCCCUGUUCUGACGUGGAUAGAGAGAGAGAGAGAGAGAGCUCGCGUGCCCCUCCAUUCUUUGACCACUUCAAUCCUCUCCUCCUUCUCUCACCCAUCCAAACAAACUUCCCAAUUUUCCACGCGCCAUCGUCAGACACAAUCCCAAAUCAAUAACCAUGGCGACCGCGGAUCAGCGCGGACCGCACGAGAAGCUCGACAAGCAACUCGACAAGCAACUUGACAAGCUCCCCUUCGACAAGAAGAAGCUGAAGCAGGAGUUUGACCUGUCCCACUUCGACCUGAACCAGAUCUUACGCGGCAUCCAGCUGACGCUGGUCGGCGCCCACCGAGCUCUCCAGAACCCGGCCUUGUUCACAUCGGACCACUACCGCCAGGCCGGCAUCGCCGUGCUGAGUGGUCUCGCCAUCCGCCUCGUCAUCUCAAUUCCCAUCGUUGGCGUCAGGGUGCUUCUUUGGAUUCUUUCGCUGUUUCUGAGCUUGGAUCAUGUUACCUGGGACGAUCAGAUCGUUGGGGGGCUUAACUUCAUUGAGGAGUAUGUCUUGCAAGUGCCAUUCUUCCUAAUGGCCCUGAUGCGCUACGUCACGCCAACCCUGGACAAUAUGUUCAUGGACUCGUUGAACUGGGUCGACAAGACGUAUGUUCAGAAGCACAAGAACGAGGACCCCGAUAAGCUACGAGAUAUGUACUACCCCAACCUGAGAAUGUACAAGGUCAGCGACGGCAGCACCCACUCCACAAGCACCGCCGAGGCCAUCAGCAUGUUCUUGUACCGAUUCGCUCGAAAAGGCGCCAUCUCCCUCGCCGUUUUCGCUCUGUCCUACCUCCCCGUCGUCGGCCGGUUCGUGCUGCCUGCAGCCAGUUUCUAUACAUUCAACAAUGCGGUCGGUCUCGGACCCGCUUCGCUCAUCUUUGGAAUGGGCAUUUUCUUGCCCAAACGCUACAUCGUCAUCUUCCUGCAGAGCUACUUCGCCUCGAGGAGUCUGAUGAGAGAGCUGCUGGAGCCCUACUUCGCCCGCGUACACUUCACCAAGGAGCAGAAGAAGAACUGGUUCCGCAACCGCGAGGGGCUCUUGUUCGGUUUCGCCAUUGGCUUCUACACCCUGAUCAAGAUCCCUCUUGUUGGAGUCUUGAUUUAUGGCAUUGCCGAGGCGUCCACGGCCUACCUGAUCACCAAGAUCACGGAUCCUCCUCCGCCUCCCGCCGAGAAAGCUGCUUUUGCCGAGAGCCAACAGGAGUGGUCCAACAAGCAUGAGUUCCUCAACCUGUCGCUCAGCGACCUUGAUGCCAUUCAUCUCAAGUCUCGCCCAUCGACUGCAACGGGAGACGCCCAAAAACACCAGUAAAAAGGCUGUGUGUGUGUGGCAAAUAUGGAGUGUGCUAUUGGCUAUUCCAGGUACCUACUUGGGCUUGCAACCAGCAAUGAUGUACAACGGCAGCGAUCAAGCAGUGCCGAGGCUGGAAAAACAUGGUAUGCAUGCUACUGCUAGAUUAAAAACAGCAAACACGGCCCUGCAGGCGAAGAUGAAAAGAGUGUCACAUUCCGGAAUUGUGUGACGUCGAGCCAUCUCUUCAUUGCCUAUAUCUAUCUCCUGUGUC